CUUUGGAGAGAGGGUCGGGGACAUCAUGGUCGUGUCAGCGCGGAGCUGGCUCGCAAACGAGGGAGGAAAACACUUGGUCCUGAUGCUGUGGUUGGGAACUAAUACCUGGCUCUUUGUCAAAACAUUCCUGAUGUACUCUGGUGGACAGCAGUAUCACUACCUCUACAAGAUGCUUGGGCUUGGACUGUGCAUCAGCAGGGCUUCUGCAUCCGUGCUCAACCUGAACUGCAGCUUGGUGCUGUUGCCCAUGUGUCGCUCUCUGCUUACCUUUGUCCGAGGAACACACGCGGUCUCAACUAGAAAGACCCGGCGAUUGCUGGACAAGCGCAAGACCUUCCAUGUGGCUUGUGGGGUCGCCAUCUGCAUCUUCUCUGUUGUUCACGUCUCUGCCCACCUAGUGAACGUUGCCAACUUCAGUAGCAGCUACUCAGAAGACUUUCCUGCUCUUAAUUUAGCUCGCUACAAAGGAGAGGACCCAAAAGUAAUUAUUCUGACCACAGUUCCAGGAAUCACUGGUGUUCUGUUGGUUAUCAUCCUUUUCUUGAUGUUCACAUCCUCUUCCCAUUGCGUACGAAUAUACAACUAUGAGAUCUUCUGGUACACACACAACCUGUUCAUCAUCUUCUACAUCAUCCUUAUGGUGCACAUGGUCGGAGGCGCACUAAAAUAUCAGACCAACAUUGGGGCCCAUCCCCCUGGGUGCUUACGAGCCAAUCACAGCAGCUCAGAGCAACAACGGGAGGAACUGGAGCAACGCGAUGAUGCGGAGAUGCGGUGCAGGGAAGAGGCUCACUUCCAGCCCCACUGCCCUCAGACAUGGCUGUGGGUGGCGGGUCCUCUGUGCCUCUACUGUGCGGAGCGUUUGUACCGCUACAUCCGGAGCAGUGAACCGGUUACCAUAGUGACCGUCAUCAAGCACCCGUGUGAUGUCAUUGAGUUACGAAUGCUUAAGAAGAACUUUCAAGCUCGUCCGGGUCAGUAUAUUGUUCUCAAUUGUCCCAAUGUCUCAUCAUUUGAGAACCAUCCUUUCACGCUAACGGCGUGUCCCACGGAGAACAAAGAAACAUUUGGCAUCCAUCUACGAGUCGUGGGAGACUGGACUGAGCGCUUCACGCAGUUGUUACUUCCUGACAUGAGGAGAGACUUGGACAUCCUCCCUGUGGUUCAUCAGAGGAGCUAUCCCAAGCUUUAUGUGGACGGUCCGUUUGGAAGUCCUUCAGAGGAAGUGUUCAACUAUGACGUCAGCCUUUGUGUCGCGGGCGGAAUAGGGGUCACGCCGUUUGCCUGCAUCCUGCACGCUCUGCUUGACGGCUGGAAGGGGUUCAGGUUGAAGAGGUUAUACUUUGUGUGGGUCUGCAGGGAGCUCCAGUCCUUCUACUGGUUCACCGAGUUGUUGUGUGCCCUACAUCUUAAGUUAUGGCAUGAAAACAGACCUGACUACUUUAACUUGAAACUGUACAUCAGCCAGGCGGACAACCAGCAGUGCAUAUCUGAGGAGAAGUACCGUCUGCUUGCGUCACGGCUGCUGGUGGGUCGACCCAGGUGGAAGUUACUAUUAGAUGACAUCGGAAGGACCAAUAAGCAUAAGCGAGUGGGGGUGUUCUGUUGCGGACCCAAAAGCAUCUCCAGGACUCUUCACAGACUGUGUAACUCGGCUCAGUUCCCUGGAACCACUUUUGAAUUUAACAAGGAGUCCUUCAGCUGAUUGGGCUUCAGCGAGAAAAGCAUAGCUGCAUUGGAUUUAAUCACUCAACAUUGGCUGUAUGUAAUAGAGCCACUCUAAAAGAAAGGUGACUUAAACCUUGGCUAUAUACAGCCUGACUGUACUAUUACUUUCCCUGGGGAGAUGGUCUCACAGCCUAAACUGAUGCUUUGCAGAGGUCUCUAGAAAGGGAUCAGCCUCUGAAGUUCACCUGGAAUUGUGAACAACCCAUGUCACUAUGAAGCAACGAGAAUGCGCUUCAUUGUGGACGUUGCUAUUGGAUUCAUCUCUUUGCUUGGAUAACGGAGGGAUCGACCGAGUGAGGACCACGAGCACAAUUCGAUGAGCGCAUCAUACUGCGGGAGUUCCUCUCACUGUGGAUCAGUGUGGACGUGUCAUAUGAAGAAGACUUGUUAAAUCAUCCCACGAUGGGAAAUUUGUAUUAUUGUUAUUAUUAUUUUUUACACUUUAUAUGCAUACCAACACAAUUGUACUUAUAUGCACAAGUGGGGAAAAUAUUUCAUAUGACCGUGGAAGAAGAAGAAACCAUAAAUUGUAGGAAAAAAAAAAAACUAUACACAUCUCAAACCAGUUGUUCGAAUUAGUUCUUGUUUUCAUGUAUUUAUUUUGUUUCAUCGUAUUUUAUCCAUGGACGACAUGGUGCUUAGUGGUAAGCAUGUCUUCCUCACAGUUCUGAGGUUCGGGGUGCGAACCUCGGCUAGGGCAUUCCUGUUGCAGUUUGAAUGUUCUAUCUGUCCUUGUGUGGAUUUUCACCGGAUUCCUCCCACAUUCCAAUAAUUUGCUUGUUAGGUUAAUUGAAGAUUCUAAAUUGUCCAUAGGUGUGAAUGUGAGUAUGAUUGCUUUUUGUCAAUAUAGGCCCUGCGAUUGACAGACAACCUGUCCAGGAUGUACCCUGCCUCCCGCCCAAAGUCAGCUGGGAAAGGCUCCAGGUUAACCAAGACCGUAAUGCGGACAAUUGGUAUAGAAAAUGGAUGGAUGUUUUUUUUGGUUUUUUUCGAUCUUAAAUGCCUAUAGCCUAUAGAAAAGAGAUGAGGCCAUUUGUUUGACACAAAAAUAUUUAAAAUAUAUACAGUAAAUCUUGGUUCCCUUAUGGGGUAUGAUGAUGCAAAGUGUGUGGAAUUUAAAAUUUUCAAAAAUAGAAGGACCACAUAGAACAUUAGGAUCAGGUAUAAUUUUAAUGCAGCAACUCACAUACAUUUCAUGAGUUUGUGAAAGAUCACCUGCAUUACGAUCCUUUAGCACCAGUGCUUCGGUCAUUGUGUUCACUUGUGUAAAAACAGGGUUGUUACCUUUAAAUUGGUUCAUAAUAACGUCGAUAAUAAUUAUACAUUUAAGAGUAAUUUACACCCAUUUAAUGUCUGAAUAUUGAGAAUGUUAAGAUUCAACAAACAUAUUUUAAGGUGAGCUUUUCCACCUAACUCAAGCAUGUGAUUUAUUAUUAUUAUUAUUAUUAUUGUUAUCAUUAUUAUUGUUUUAUGAUUAUUAUUGUUUUCUUUUUCUUCUUCUUCUUACUAUUAUUAUGUGGAGCUUUAUGAAACUUGGUUGCCAGUGUGCAGGUGCAUGUAUACCCUGCACAUCCUCACUGUAUCUGAUUCCUGAAAGUUUGAAAUACGAGGGGCAUCUUCCUGAGUGAAUUCCAGCUUGGUGUUUCUAAAUUUCAUGAAGGGUUGUGCACCCAAAUCCACCAAUUUACAUAAGACUCUUUAUUGUCACCUAGAACCACUGCCUGUGCAGUGCAUUCUAAAUACCGUAUUGUAUUAAAAAAAUCCUUAGGUGAUGUUUGUGACAUUGAACCAUUACAGGACUUUUCACUUCAUUGACUAAAUCUUUGGUUUUGGUAUUCACAAAAAUACUAACAUUUAGUUUUGCAAUGCUGAUAAGACUACAAUCUGUAAUGUGAUGGAAAUGAGUUCUUUUAAUGAGUCGAAACUUUUGAUUCAAGUGCAUUGACGCUUCACCAAAUAUUAUCUUACGUAAAAAUGGAAUUAUGUAAAAUGUCCCAUUGUUGUUACUUAAACUCCUGUGUAUGUAUAGCCAGAAUAUACUGUGUCUGUGUGUGUGUGUGUGUGUGUUACAGAGUAGUCUGAUAGGAAGCUGAACCUUCCUCCGAGCUGCUCUGAAGAAGCGGCUGUCGUUCUCCAAAAAUGGAGGCCCGUUUCCUCCUCUGGUUUCGUCUCCAUUUCCUUCUCGCUACGACAGCAAUGACCGCAAUGACUGCCGCGAUGAACGCACCGAUGAGACCGGCUCCCAGCAGCCACUGCCAGAUCUGCUGGGCCUGCUGGAGGUAAGGCGUCAGGAUUUCUUGUACAAAUCUCUGGCCUGUGGAGGCAGAAAGAAUGACACUAAUUCAUAUCUACAAGGCUGAAAAAUGGACAAGUCACACUUAUGUUUUUGACUGACCUGGGUCCAACAAAUAGGCAUAUUCGUAUCCCAUUGACUUGGUGGAGAGGAAAUUGUCUCCAUUUCUAUAAAGAGGCAGGAAUGGCACCAUGUAGUAGCCAUCAUUGUGGCCAAUGGGAGCAUUGGCAAAGGGAUAGAAGGCCCGUUCAGGCUGGUGGUUUCGGAGCCAGCGCUCAAAGAUGCUGUUCAAAAGAAGAUGGUUGGUUACGUUGGGUUAUAGUGAAGUGAAAAACAAAUGGAGUAAUGCGUGUGUUCGUGAUUUACUCCACCUAUCUAUGAAGGCGUGGUGCAGGAGGAAUAUGGGGUCAUUGGCGGAACCUUGCACAGAGGACAUGGAGCCGUUCAUGAAGACGUGCAAGGCGUUGUGUAUGGUGCUUUGGCCCUUGAACUGCCACGCCUGUGACUGGGCUGGCAAAACCUGAGGGAACGAAGGACAGUGAGCGCACCUUUUUAUAUUAUGGACAAACGUAUCGGGACACCUUACUAUUACAACUACAGGAAUUUAUACAUUAGAGAUGAUCAAACUAGUGGACCCGUUCUGUGUGGAAAUCGGAUUGCAAGUAAAAAAUGUAAAACAUAGUAUGUAUUUAACAUACUAUGUUUUCAAAUGGUGAUUUUCUUUUACAUUGAUUCAUAGAUUUUCCAUUUCCUACACUUUGAUACUAAUUUGUGAUGUCCUCCCUCAGUUUGUGCUCCAAAUACAGAAAAGUGAUAUGUCUAAUUUUGUGGCCUUAUUUAUUCUGAGUUUUGGUUGAAACAUUUCGGUAAGUGGGGACGAGCACAAUGUUAGGGGGGCAUUGACAGGUCAUUGUCCACUGUGGCAGGCAGGACAUGUUGAAUUGUUGUUUAACUGAAACUAAUUGUUAUUCUAUACCAUCUUUUGAGUCUUUCUGACUGUUACAAAUUGCAAGUCUAUCAUAGUGCUGCUAUGAAAUAAAGUAACUUUUGCAAAGCAGCAAUGGGCUCAAGUGGCACGAGUGCUAAUUACAGGCCUGUACAAUUCAGUUCUUUAGAUAAUAAGGCCCUGUUAAUAUAAAGUAGUCGUACAGCAAUGUUCUAACUACCGUAUAGUCCCUGAUCAGGUAGUACCAUAUUUGGAACAUUAAUAUGCUUCCUGUCAUUUCCCUUUAAAUUAAUGUUCCAAGUAUGGUACUGCAGUACUAUUGUUAUUUGUACUGUUAUUACAUUUGCUUCAUCUUUGUUGCAUAGGUGGCUGUCACAGCACAUGAUUUGGAUUCAUGGAUGGAUGUAUCGAUACAUAGAUGUGUCAGGCCUCUGAUAAAUUGUACCCCUCCUUUCAUGACCUCAUUCAAUAAAAUUGGUGUAGGAAAUGGAUGGGAUAGAUUGAGGGAUGGACAUUUUCACCAUAAUGAAUAUCUAUCCCUGUGUGAGCUUGCAAAUGGGCCAAAAAUCCCCCUCUAGAUUAGAGAGAUUAGCCCGAGGAUUAUGUUCACCUUCAUUUGUUAGGCAUGUGAGUACUGUAAUACAAAUGUAUGUGUGUAAUUGUGUUUUACAUUUUUUUUUUUUUUUUUUCUUCUUCCGGAUCUUACCCUCAACAACGUUCCUGAAGCUCAUGUUGGCGAAUCGGUCCAUGGGUCCGGUCUCGUACUCGCGGAGGCCCAAGGCGAAGUCGACAUCAGCUGAUGUCGGCAGUCGCUGCACUCUGUUCGUAUCGUGGUUGCCAGGGUUACGCAGCAGUGGUCCUUCCACUGUAGCAUUGCACAAUGCCUCGCGACUGUUGUAUUCCUCAGGCUGAGUGCAGAUCACCUACAGUACAUGUAAACAGAGAGAUACACCAAGUUAAUUCAACAUAUUGUACAAACGCAAGAUCUGUUCCUAGUAAGUGAGGAUGAUGAAUAGAAAUCAAGAGGAAGUUAAAAAUUAAGUUCUUCAUCAUUGUUAAUGUAAGUGUAUAUACUGUAAUAUUGUUGUGCUCUUCAUGAAUGUAAACUAAUAGGGACUGAGCCCUCCUAAUUGACAUACCCCACAACGGUUUAUAUUUGUCUAUUUUAAUACUUUAAACUGCAUAUACAAGCCACAAACUACAACCCGGCAAUUUAAUAUCAUUUCAAAUUCAUCUAACAUUACCCUAAAAGAUAAAUGGCUUAUAGAUUAUUUGAUUUAGAAAAGAAUCCCCCAAAGUGAGCCUGACGACUCGCUUGUAACUUCUACCGCAUCCUUGGCUAAAUUUAGCUCCACCCCGACAUACAAGGCUUGUCUCAGUCCCUCGGCAUCCAGAUGCCACAAGAUGGCGUCAAUUCUUUGGCUAUUUAUGGGUGUUUCAGAAAGAAAAAAAAACAUCAACAAAAACUGCAAAUAGGUGUGUUUUUCAGCAAAUAAAAAAAUUCAGUGAGAAGAUUAAUUUGUGAGUAGGUAGGCAAAUGGCGUAUAUCAAACAUUGUAUAUCCAUCCAUUUUGAAUAACACUUCUCGUUAUUAUGGUCAUGGGUGAGCUGGAGCUAAUCCCAGCAGACUUUGAGCCAGUUAAUCAAGGGGCACAUAAAGAAAACAACCAUUUACACUCACAUUUUCACUUUGGACAAUUUAACCUUUUCAGUUAACAUAAGAAGCAUGUUUUUGAGAUGUGGUAGUAAGCUGUAUGUAAUAUAUAGUGUAUGUAAAUGUCAAUUAUAUCCCAAUUCAUGAUGUAUUUUAGUCAUUUAGUCUAAUUGGCUUGUUGAUCUGAUAUUUUUUUUUUGUAAACUGUGCUUUAAAAAGAUGGCUGAACUAUUUUAACUGGAUAAGUAAGGGGCACAAUUAUUAACGUAAAUUAACAUGGAGAAGUUCAUUAAAAAUAUUCUUGCCUUCCAUGAUGAAAAGACCGAGGCAGGGCUGAUGAGGUUUGGAUUGAAGGGGCUGCGGCCCCCCAUCAAACUAUCUGUGCACACCUCACAGGUUUGGGCGUCCCUCCAGUCCCAGUAUGGGAUGGUGAAGUUAAAAUCUCCUGUUAGCUUCCUUAUCUCAUUCUCCCAGUGAAGCAGGUAGACUCGAUGCCAGGGCAGAAAGGCUGCAGAUUCAUGGGCGAAGUCGAUGUCCGUCCACACGUUCCCUGGCCCUCCCAGGAAGGCAUCCCGCGACACGUAGUAGUGCAUCCAGACGAACAGAUCAUAAGUGUUGAUGUCAGCGAACAUAGGAUUCUCACCAUUUUCGCCCAUCUCUGCUCUGGUUGCCGUCGUGAUGACAUAGUCAGGACUGAUAGUGUUCUUGGCCAGGUUUAAGUAGGAGAUGAACUUUUGUCGGUCAGCAGCUGACAGCGUCAGGAUGUUUCGCCGCACCGAUUCCCUGUACUCUGCACAGUUUGCUCCCCAGUAGCCAAACUUGCACUCGCCACAGUUAAAACCGCCGUAGUUUCCCGCACAGCGACAGGUUCGGUUGUAGAAAGCCAAAGGCCAGCGCUCCCUGUCGUCAAUCCCACUGUGGGGGUACUGCGGGCCGUGGGGCUCUUCUGACACUUCCACCUCUGUGCAGAAACCGCGGCCUGACAGGGCGCCGCACGCUGAGCCGUCUCCAUCCCACACGGGGCAAC